UCGCCUUUUGAAACAAUGAACGUUAAAGGAGCACGACACGGAGCUGGUGAAUCAGGGAAAAGCACAAUUGUAAAACAAAUGAAGAUUAUCCAUGAAGCUGGUUAUUCUGAAGAAGAAUGUAAACAAUACAAAGCUGUUGUUUACAGUAAUACCAUUCAGUCCAUUAUUGCUAUCAUUAGAGCAAUGGGGAGAUUGAAGAUAGAUUUUGGUGACCCAACCAGAGCUGAUGAUGCCCGGCAACUCUUUGUAUUAGCUGGAGCUGCAGAGGAAGGAUUUAUGACCACGGAACUUGCAGGCGUUAUCAAGAGAUUGUGGAAGGAUAGUGGAGUUCAAGCCUGUUUCAACAGAUCCAGAGAAUACCAGCUUAAUGACUCUGCAGCAUAUUACUUGAAUGAUUUGGACAGGAUAGCGCAAACCAGUUACAUCCCAACUCAACAGGAUGUUCUCAGGACUAGAGUGAAAACUACAGGAAUAGUGGAAACUCAUUUUACUUUCAAAGAUCUUCAUUUUAAAAUGUUUGAUGUGGGAGGCCAGCGAUCUGAACGGAAGAAGUGGAUUCAUUGCUUUGAGGGAGUUACAGCAAUAAUCUUUUGUGUAGCGCUCAGUGAUUAUGACUUGGUCCUAGCAGAAGAUGAAGAAAUGAAUCGAAUGCAUGAAAGCAUGAAAUUGUUCGACAGCAUCUGCAACAAUAAAUGGUUUACAGACACUUCUAUUAUUCUUUUCCUAAACAAGAAGGAUCUUUUUGAAGAAAAGAUCAAGAGGAGUCCCCUCACUAUUUGCUAUCCUGAAUAUGCAGGAUCCAACACUUAUGAAGAAGCAGCUGCAUACAUACAGUGCCAGUUUGAAGAUCUGAACAAGAGAAAGGACACAAAGGAAAUCUAUACUCAUUUCACAUGUGCCACAGAUACCAAAAAUGUGCAGUUUGUUUUUGAUGCUGUAACUGAUGUCAUCAUAAAAAAUAAUCUAAAAGACUGUGGCCUCUUCUAAGAUUUUGCAUUAAAUGAUUUCAAGAAUGACUUCAAAAGCUUCUAAUCUGAUUGGGUUUCAAGAAGAAGGAAGUAUAAAACAACUUGUUUUGAAUGGCAGACCAGUACUGUACUUGCCUGUUUUAACAGCUUUAUUUAUGUUUGUCUUGUAAAUUUAAGUAGUUAAAUAUUAGAUAACAAUGAAAAGUAUCAUGAUUGUAUGUAUACUUGUAAUUGUAGGAAUGUUAUUUGUAUGAACAUUGAACAGAAUAUUUUAAUAACUCAAUUGGUGUUCCAAAGUUUCCAUAUUUUAUGAGAAUGCCCUUGAAGGUAAAUCUUUUUUUUUUUUCACCUUUGGAUUAUUUAAACAUAUUGUAAAAUUUAAUUUUUUGUUUCAUUUUAAAUCUGCAUGCUGACUUAUUGUAAGGUUUUUUUUUCAAAACCAAGUGUUAUAGGCUUCUUAGUAGUCUAAAAUAAUCUUGUGCUAAA